UGUCGGCCGAAUUACCUAUCUACGAUUAUUAUAAUUUAUGUGUCCGACUGGUAUGUGCGUCAGUCAUGUUGGGGAUACAGUGAGACAAAAAACGUCAUGUAAUCUUCUGUUAACAGCCGCCAUAGCAGAUCCGGGAGAGAAGACAAGUACUGAAGACUUGAUACCCCCGUAUUUCAUCAUAACAUGGGUUAUAAACGGCCAUAGGGAGACGGACUAGAUACAGAAACGGUGAGCGAUCUAUCAGUUACUGUUUACAUCCAGUGUAAAGCAGAAGGCAAAUAGAUUUCUGAUACACACACACGCGCGCGCUAACAAAACAGCAUCAAUGUUGCUCCGAACACAGAUAGUAGGUGUUGAGUUCUACGAUGCCGUGUUAAACAACGAACUUCAAUUAUUGAAACGUUUAGUCACUCAGCAUAAGAUAGAUCUCAAUGCUAAAUUCAUAGAGGUGAGAAAGAAAAACCAUGCUGAUUUAUGUCCUAUACAUCUCGCAUCGUAUCGAGGCUACACAUACAUGCUACAGUACCUCAUUGAAUCGAAAUGUGACGUCAACCAAACCACAACUACCCUAAGAAGGACAGCUCUUCAUUUUGCGGUCUUGCGACACAAGAUGGCGUGCAUGCUAUUAUUAAUUGCAGCAGGGGCUCAAUUGGACGCUAAGGACACAUUUAGCAAUUCGCCUUGCCACUAUGCGGCAGACGACGGGUACUGUCAAAUGCUGGACGUGUUGAUACGACGUGGUGUCAAUGUUGAUACUCUGGACAUAACGUCUAAGACGCCACUGAUGAAAGCUGUGAGAAAUAAUAAAACGGAUGCAGUGUUGAGACUACUGAGAGCCCAAUGUAAUAUUAAUAUUACUGAUAGAAACAGUGAUAUGGCUCUGCACUAUGCUGCCAGAAAUGGCUGUGCUGACGUCAUUGACAUCCUUAUUUCCGCCGGAAGUCAAAUAGAUGUCCAAAAUUAUUGGGGACGGACACCACUCAUGGAAACUGUCUGUUAUAAUCACAAAGACGCUGUUGCUCGUCUUCUUAAAGCCAGUUGUGAUCUAAAUAGACGAGAAUUCAAAACUGGGGACACCGCCCUGCAUAUUGCUAUUAAGCGGAACUACACAGAAGUUGUUGGUCUUCUUCUUGCCGCCGGAAGUAGACAUGAUAUAUACAACCACCAGGGGGAGACAGCUGCUUAUGACGCUGUUGUUAGCAACAAGGUCGAAAUUAUCCGCCUCAUGGUCAUCCAUAACUGUGACCCGGAACAACCAGGGAAGUACUUUUCCGAUGGAGUGUAUAAGUCUCUUUUCCAAAUUGCAGCAGAAAAGGGUCAUUUCGACAUCUGCCGACUGCUAGCCUCGUUUGGAUAUGUUGACUUUAGAGCGCGUGGAUAUAUAUACAUGAAUUACAUCCCUCCACGUCUUGUUACGGAGCAGGAAGAUGUUGUUCAGUGGUUACGGCGGAAAAUGCAGACUCCUACCUCUUUGCAACUACUCUGCAGGAAGUGCAUCCGUAAGCGACUUGGAUACAAAAUUGGCAAUACGGUUGAAUGUUUACCAAUACCCAGGUCUUUGAAAGAGUUUGUAUUGAUCAAAGAUAUGGACGAAGAAGAGGAAAAACAUUUGCGGUGAAAAGACAGCGAGUUCAUGUUUUGAUGUAUGAUCGAAGCUUUGAUUAUUUCUUGUUCUGGUUACAAUUAAAUGGGGAGUAGUUGAAACCAAAAUUACGAGACAUAGAAAACUUGAUCUUAAAAUUUAGUUGGUACCAUUGAGUGAUUAUUCAAAACAAAUGCAUAAACAAAAGCUGAACAAAGACACCCAAACCUUAUUAUUUCAAAAUAAUGUAUCAAGUAGGAGAAAUCCUAACCAUUGUUACUUUGU